AGUCGCAUAAAAAGCCAUCCAGAUAUCUCUCGCGAUUUGUGUGUUUUACAAGAAACUCUUUUUCACAGUUGUUCUGUCUUUGCUCAUAAAAAUGACGGCCGUAAUUUGUAGUGAAACAUAAAAAUAGUCACAGUCUAAAUGAAUUAAAACCAUAAAAUAGUCGGAACAAAUUUGUGUGUGAUUUCGGUUGUCGUGAAUAUUAUUUUACAACAUUGUGAUCCAAGUCGAAGUGCACAAAAUUCACGAACUCACGAAUAAUAUUCCCGUUGGAAGUGUAAGAAAACUUCAACUUGUUUAACGAAGCUAACAAAAAGAAACAAACAAACAGCGUUUAGUAUUAAAAGUGAAGCAAUAUUCGGUGAUAUUCAGUUUAUUUAUUCAAGAUAAAGAAUCGUAAGCUAGGCAAAACUUUCUUAACGUUUUUUUUUUUUGUGGUGUAAAUAUUCUAAUCACAGAAAGUAAUUAGGAUUUUACUGUAAAGAAAACCUUGUAAAAAAUUCUACGAAAAGAGUCUGCAUUUGGAAUCGGGGCCAGAACUACUGGCUCGAAACAGCGACAUAAAUAAAUUCCAAAUCGUCCACAACUGCCGAGCUUAGUAUAAUAACAAAAUGGAGGACGGCCAUAUCAAAACCGUCGAAGAGACUUUAAAUUAUUUCGGAACAGAUGCAGAACGGGGCCUUUCACUUGAUCAAAUAAAAAGAAAUCAAGAAAAAUAUGGACCAAAUGAACUUCCUACAGAAGAAGGAAAGACAAUUUGGCAAUUAGUUUUAGAACAAUUCGAUGACCUUUUGGUUAAAAUUUUACUGUUGGCUGCUAUUAUUUCUUUUGUAUUAGCCCUCUUUGAGGAACAUGAAGACUCAUUUACAGCAUUCGUUGAACCUUUCGUAAUUCUGUUAAUUUUAAUUGCAAACGCUGUCGUAGGUGUUUGGCAGGAACGAAAUGCAGAAUCAGCCAUCGAAGCGCUCAAAGAAUAUGAACCAGAAAUGGGAAAAGUGGUCCGACAGGACAAAUCUGGUGUACAAAAAGUCCGAGCCAAAGAAAUCGUUCCCGGUGAUGUGGUUGAAGUGUCAGUCGGCGAUAAGAUUCCAGCUGAUAUUCGUCUCAUCAAGAUCUUCUCAACCACCAUCCGUAUCGAUCAGUCAAUUUUGACUGGUGAAUCUGUAUCUGUGAUCAAACAUACUGACGCAAUUCCAGAUCCACGUGCCGUGAAUCAAGACAAAAAGAACAUUCUCUUCUCAGGUACGAAUGUGGCUGCUGGUAAGGCCCGUGGUGUUGUUAUUGGAACUGGUUUGAAUACCGCUAUCGGUAAGAUUCGUACAGAAAUGUCCGAAACUGAAGAAGUGAAGACCCCAUUGCAACAGAAAUUGGACGAAUUCGGUGAACAAUUGUCCAAAGUCAUUACCGUCAUUUGUAUUGCUGUCUGGGCUAUCAAUAUUGGUCAUUUCAACGAUCCAGCUCAUGGAGGUUCAUGGAUCAAGGGCGCUAUCUACUACUUCAAAAUUGCUGUUGCUUUGGCUGUCGCUGCUAUCCCAGAAGGUUUACCAGCUGUCAUCACUACUUGCUUGGCUUUGGGUACUCGUCGUAUGGCUAAGAAAAAUGCAAUUGUACGUUCCCUUCCAUCCGUUGAAACAUUGGGUUGUACUUCAGUUAUUUGCUCUGAUAAAACCGGCACACUCACCACCAAUCAAAUGUCCGUGUCUCGUCUCUUCAUUUUCGACAAAGUUGAUGGAACGGACAGCAGCUUCCUUGAAUUCGAGUUGACUGGUUCAACAUACGAGCCCAUUGGAGAAUUGUUCCUCAACGGAUCCAAAGUUAAGGCCGCUGAUUUCGAUUGCCUUCAGGAAAUCGGAACCAUUUGCGUGAUGUGUAACGAUUCGGCUAUUGAUUUCAACGAAUUCAAACAAGUGUUCGAGAAAGUCGGUGAAGCUACGGAAACCGCUUUGAUUGUCUUGGCUGAGAAAUUGAACCCGUUCGGUGUGACCAAAACUGGUAUGGAUCGUCGUUCGACUGCUAUUGCUGUCCGUGGAGAAAUCGAAACGAAAUGGAAGAAAGAAUUUACCUUGGAAUUCUCACGCGAUCGUAAAUCUAUGUCAUCGUACUGUGUACCAACUAAGCCAUCCCGUCUCGGAACUGGACCGAAAUUGUUCGUCAAAGGUGCACCAGAAGGUGUUUUGGAACGUUGCACAUAUGCUCGCGUUGGAACAUCAAAGGUACCACUUAACAACACACUCAAGUCUCGCAUUUUGUCGCUCACUGCUCAAUACGGUACUGGACGUGAUACACUCCGUUGUUUGGCUUUGGCAACAGCUGACAGCCCAAUGAGCCCAGACAGCAUGGAUCUCAACGACUCGACCAAAUUCUUCACAUACGAAAACAGUUUGACUUUCGUCGGUGUUGUUGGUAUGUUGGAUCCUCCACGUAAAGAAGUUUUCGAUUCGAUUGUCCGUUGUCGCGCCGCUGGUAUUCGUGUCAUUGUCAUCACCGGUGACAACAAGGCCACAGCUGAAGCUAUCUGCAGACGUAUUGGUGUGUUCACCGAAGAAGAAGACACCACCGGCAAAUCGUACUCCGGUCGUGAAUUCGAUGACUUGUCAAUUGCUGAACAAAAGGCUGCUUGUGGACGUGCCCGUCUUUUCUCCCGUGUCGAACCGGCCCACAAAUCGAAGAUCGUUGAGUACUUGCAAAGUAUGAAUGAAAUCUCGGCCAUGACAGGUGAUGGUGUCAACGACGCCCCUGCUUUGAAGAAAGCCGAAAUUGGUAUUGCCAUGGGUUCGGGUACUGCUGUAGCCAAGUCCGCUUCCGAAAUGGUGUUGGCCGACGACAACUUCUCAUCCAUUGUAUCAGCUGUUGAGGAAGGUCGUGCCAUUUACAACAACAUGAAACAAUUUAUCCGUUACUUGAUUUCGUCCAACGUUGGUGAAGUCGUCUCCAUUUUCUUGACUGCUGCUUUGGGCUUGCCAGAAGCUUUGAUUCCCGUGCAAUUGUUGUGGGUCAACUUGGUCACUGAUGGUCUUCCAGCCACCGCUUUGGGUUUCAAUCCACCAGAUUUGGAUAUCAUGGAAAAACCACCACGUAAAGCCGAUGAAGGUCUCAUUUCUGGAUGGUUGUUCUUCCGUUACAUGGCUAUUGGUGGUUAUGUCGGUUGUGCUACCGUCGGUGCCGCUGCUUGGUGGUUCAUGUACUGUGAAACUGGUCCACAAAUGUCAUACUGGCAUUUGACACAUCAUUUAUCUUGUCUCGGAAACGAAUCGGACGAUUUCAAGGGUAUUGACUGUAAGCUCUUCAAUGCACCCGAGCCAAUGACAAUGGCCUUAUCCGUAUUGGUAACCAUUGAAAUGUUGAACGCCAUGAACAGUUUAUCCGAAAAUCAAUCUCUUAUUGCUAUGCCACCAUGGCAAAAUAUGUGGCUGGUCGGUUCAAUGGCUUUGUCAUUCACACUUCAUUUCGUCAUCCUUCACGUUGAAGUUUUAUCCACCGUUUUCCAAGUGACACCAUUAGGCGUUGACGAAUGGAUGACCGUGAUGAAAUUCUCCAUACCCGUCGUACUGCUCGACGAAGUGCUGAAGUUUGUCGCCCGGAAAAUCACAGACGUUGGCGAGAAAGUUGUUGAUAGAAUGAAGUAAAUCACUCAUCUCGAUAAUGAGUUUCUAUUAAGACAAAACAGAAAUUUAACAAAAAAAAAUGUUAAAAACAAAAAUUCAAAUCAAAUCUACAGUCUAAAAAUAUAGCUUCCACCGCCAUCUCUAUUUACAUGAAGAAGAAAAAAAUUUAUUAAUUUAAAAAGAAGUGAAACUUAUAAUUA